AUGCUCACCGCCGCAAAGCUGGAAACAUCGUGCCCUAGCGGCGGUCGCUUCUACGUCUGCGCCGACGCCCCCAAGCGGUUCCUGGGAUGCUGCACCGUCGACCCCUGCAGCAGGGGCGGCGACUGUCCCAAGGGCAACCUCACCACCACCACCUUUAGCGCCGACCUGUUUGAGGACAUUCCGCCCCAGGACUGCAUCGGCGCGCCUGGCAGCAAGAGCUGGUUUACGUGCAAGACCAACAGCCCGCCGUUUAUGGGCUGUUGUAGUGAUAACCCAUGCCAGUCCAAGCCGCCUGGCUGUCCCGUCAGCAAGCUCAUCCCUGCGCGCCUGAGCGACAACAAGACGAAUGCCGCUGUUUUCCUGUCUUCCUCCUCGCCCUCUGGCACGCCGACGCCGACUCCGCCGCCGACCCCGCCGCAGCCAGCGGCUGGCCUGCACCCGGGCGCCAUCGCCGGGAUUGUCGUUGGCGCGCUGCUGGUUAUAGGGCUGGUGGCAGCGCUACUCUUCCUGAGGCGGCGGCGCAAUCGCAACCGCGAGUCGCACAUCAUCGCCGAGUUCCCCGCAAAGUACAUACCCGCCGCCCUGCCCGACAUGGGACAGCACCAGGCCAAGGACGUCGCGUCCCAGAGGAGUGCGUACCCCGGCCCCUGCUCCCCCGGCCCCUACUCGCCCGACGCCGUGACCAAGCCGCGCGCGUCGGUGGCGUCGACGCGCAGGACCAGUAACUCAUCGGGACCCUCGUUUCCAGAUUCGUACGUUAGCAGCACCACGGCCUCGGGCCUGCUCCCAACCCACCAGCGCAGCAUGCGGAGCUCGUCGGGCGACUCGCACGGCCAGUACGCGCGCGUAUCGCGUUCCGACGACCACUCACCCGAACCGUCGCCGCGCUUCGAGCCCAUCCCGGAGGGGUCGUCGAGAUAUGAGGAUCCAGACAGCGUGGCCGUAUCGCAGGGACCGAGGUUCGAAGACCCAGACAGCGUGGCCGUGCCGCAAAGACCUCCGAGGUUCGAAGACCCAGACAGCGUGGCCGUGUCGCAAAGACCACCCAGAUUCGAGGAUCCAAACAGCGUGGCCCUGUCGGAAUACCACGGACGGGGCGAGCGGCCAUUUUCAGAGCGUCCUAACACGGACUGGGUGCCGUAUAGGCCGUAA